AGCUCACUUGGAAGCUCUCUCUCUCUCUCUCUCUCUCUCUCUCAGUUCAUGUAGCAAAUGCAAAAAUCUUUUAAAGUUAAAACCAGUACUGGGGUGGUGUUGUGUUACCAGUGACUUUAAUCAGAGAUGAAAGGAAUCGAUCUCUUCUGUGCAUCUCCAGCCUCAACAGCCAUAUGUGUGAGCUUCGACAAAAGCUCUGUGUUUCUACAAGGUGGUCGGGCAAUAGAUCGCCAUAAUCCUCAUCUUAAGGACUCAAGAAGAAGCAGCAGUAGAUCAGGCCUUCUCAACCCUCCUCCAUCUUCUCCCUAUUCCUCGCAUUCUCAUUCUCAUUCUCAUUCUCAUUCUCGUUCUCAACCUCAACCACCCACAAAAUCCAAACCUUACCCACAAAACAGAAAUCAAAAGAAGACUACAAGAAAGAGCUCUGCUAAGGCCACUGAUCUCAUUAGCCCACCUGGUUCCUCCAGAUAUCUCUUGAGUGAUACCUCUUUCUUUGAUGUCUAUUCCGAUUUUGAUCCAAUUUCUACAUUAGUUCCUGUUGUACCCUCAAGGCCUCUUUCUCUCAACCCCCAUGAUUCUCCUGCUUUGAAACCUUCUUCUUCUUCCUCCUCGAUUUCCUCUUCAACUCCCAACUUAAAACCUUUCUCUUCCUCAUCUCUCUCACCACCAUCUCCUGCUUUAAAACCUUCUUCUUCAACUCGCUCUUGUGACCAGGCUAGUCUAUCUUCUUCUUCAACUCGCUCACAUGACCAGAUUGUGGUUCUGAGGGUUUCAUUGCACUGCAAGGGCUGUGAAGGAAAAGUAAGGAAACAUAUCUCAAGAAUGGAAGGGGUGACAUCCUUUAGCAUAGACUUUGAAACAAAGAAGGUGACGGUGAUCGGGAACGUAACACCGUUGGGUGUACUCGCAAGUGUCUCGAGGGUAAAGAAUGCACAAUUCUGGCCAUCACCGUCUUCGUCAUCGCCUGUUGCCUCUAGUUACUGAUAGAAUC